AUGGAAAUAAUCAAAAUAGGUUCAAUCGUGAGUAUUUCUCAUUUAUAAGAUGAUGAUGCUCUCAUUGGUGGAGAUGGAUUCAUCAAAAAGUAUUAAUAAAUCACUAAAGUAGUGCUGUAAUACUUAAAGGUAUGUCCCCUUUAAAUAAAUUGGACACUAAAGAUUUUAACAUUAGCUAUUUUAGUCAAAUGAAGUAUUCAUAAUUCUAAUAAUAGCAUGCCUAAUUGUUUAUUUGUAGUUUGUCCAAGAACAUCAAAUGGAAAGAAAGUAGAAGUUGCCAAAAUCUUUCCUUAAAGAAAGAAGAAACCUUUUGGAUCAAUAAGUGAUGAUGUAACUGAUCAAAAAAGUGAGGUUACACCUGUAAGAUCAUAAGUACUAUAGUGUUAUAUCUGUUAAUAGAUUAAAUCAGUAACCCACUCUGUGCAACCAUUAUUGAGUGAAAAGUAAGUAAGAGACAAUCAGAUGAAUUUGUUUAAUGAAUUUAAAUUUAAUGUAGAUGGGUUUGAGAAAGAGAAAGGCAAUUAUGUUAAAUAUGAAGAGCCGAUCUAAUUAUUGCAUUUGGCUUCAUCUAAAUGGCUCUGUUCAUUGUUGGAUGAAGCCAAAUUUGAAAAUUAAAAUUUUAAACUUGCUUUGAGUGAUUAUACUAGCGAUGAAACUCUAUUUAAAAUAGUAGCAACUUAUAAAUAUUAAAAAGAAGGAGAUCAAAUAGUAUAUUCUCAAGAAAUCGUCAGGAUUAUGCGUAUGAUACCUUUUCUUGGGAAACCCACUUAUUUACAUUGUUCAGGAGAGAUACCUUAAAAAGCGAUUAAAGAGUAUAGAGAGAAUAGUGAAGUAAAGAUUUAGAAGAGAGAAAUUAAUGCAUCACUUGAAGAAUCAACCUCUUGGAAAAUUAAUCUCUUUGCUGAAGAACUACCUAUUGAUGGUGAUUUGGUAUGGAUUCAUCACUCUGAAACUUGUUCAUAAUUGGCUGUUGAUUAUGAAAGAGAUCUAAACAGAGCCAAGAUUUCUGUGUUUUAAACAGAUUUAAGCGAAUUGUCAUUUGAUAAUUAUAGUGGUAAUGCUUAUUCAAUGUGGAUAAUUGAAGGGGAAGAUUAUAAAAAAGGAGGACCUUACCUAUAUUCUAAUAAUUAUAGAUUAAAGCAUUUUCAUACAGGGUUGUAUUUGGCUUGUGUUAGAGUAAUCCCAAAAGCACAAGAAGAUAUUAAGAUUGAUCCUUAUGGCAAAAAGAAAGUGAUUAUUCCAAAGAGUAAGAAGGUGCCUGCCACUUUUACCUUAUAGGUUUAGCCUAACAAGGAUGCCUUGUUUAAAUUUGAACCUUUAAAAUCAGUAAAUAAGGAUGAAAUUUAAUCUGAUUUUAUUUAAAUUAGAAGUGUCACUUAAGGAAAAUAUCUGGAUGUUAUUAAUAAAUUCCAUUAAGAUGAAAAUACUUUGAAACCAGUGAUUUUAAAUCAAAAGAAUGAACAUGCAGUCUUUAAGAUCUUCAGAGCAAAUAAAUAAGAAACUUAAGAGGUACUCUUCUUAGAUUCAUGUACAAAAUAAUUAAGGAAGUAUUAAUUUUAUAUCAAUUUGCCAUUUAAGUUUGAAUAAAAUUAAAUAUACUAAUCAUUAUCAGAUGACGUAGAGCUAUUAAAAAUAAAGACUAAAAAGUUAGCUACUGCUUAAAGAUGCAUUUAAAACUUAGAUGAUUUUCUUAGAUAAAAGAUAUACAAUUCAAGUCCAUCUUAAAAAUAUGGAUUUAUAUCUCCAAAGAGGUAGAAACUCUUGAAGGAUCAACAUUUUUUUGAUGUGCUAUUACAAAUUCUUACAUCCACGGUCACUAAAUAAGAAUUAGAAAUAUGGUCAAAUAAAAAGGGAAAUCUCAAGGCAUUAGAGUAACCAUCCUUAACUGAGAAAAAUCAAAGAAAAUAAUAAACCAUUUCUGAGAAAGAUAAAUUAGAACUGUCGAAUUCAAAAGUUGAAGUUUGCAAUAUGAUUUUUGUGUUGUUACAAACUAGUGUAAUAAAUAAUACAAACAAUUAACUUUAUCUAUUUGAAAGAUUACCAGAUUAUCAACAUUAUUGUAAGUAUCUACCAUAGACUAUUAACUUUUUGAUUGAGAUGGUUAAGAGCAAUGAGAAAAUAUUAAUAAACCUAUGCAAUAACUUAAAGAUCGAAUUUGAUUAUAUAAAAAAACAGGAAAUUGAAGAUGAUCUUAAAAACAAAGUCAAAGUGUUAAUAAAUUUCUAUGAGAAGGAUGCAGGAAUACAGUAGGAUGUAUCAAUCCCUGUAAAGGUACACGAUCGUAUCAUUACAAGACCAAUCAAUAUAAUACAAUAUUUCUUCAACUUGAUUAUUGAUGACUCUGCCAAAAACAAUGAACAUUAUUUGAGAUUUUUGAGACACAUUUGUAGAUAUAAAAAUAAUGCCAUUAGUAUCAAUUAGGAGAAUUUGUUCAAGUUGUAUAAGAAAUAUAAUAAAUAAACUAAAUUAUUACAAAUUGAAACUAAUAAUGGAUGUAUUAUAGAUAAGGAAAUCUCAUUUUAAUAUGAAUUAUUAUAAUUCUUUUCAGAAGUAUCUUAUGGAAGAAAUUAUUUAUGGCAAGCAGAAUUGAGUCCAUUGUUUGAAAAAGAUAUUCUAAUAAACUAGAUCUGGAAUCCAAAUCAGGUCGAGGGUAAUCAAAUAGAUGACAAAUUGAGAUCAUAUUGGUGCAGAUUAAGUAGAACUUUGUAUAUUGAUUAAUAACCAUUCUAAUAUUUGAUUGUUCCUAAUUUUUGUCGAUUGUAUUCCCCUUAUCAAGACUAAUUGAAAAAUAGGAAUGAUGAAGACAUUGAGAAACAAUUCAAAUUGAAGAAGAUGUUUAAAUACAUAAAAACCAAAAGAAGUGAAGUCUAUUAGGCAAUAGCCAGUCUUGCAUCCAGUGAUUUAUUAAAUGACGAGUUAAUAUAUAAUGCUGCUGAUUAAAUUUUAACUAUGUUAUAAUUGGACAUCAUGCCAAGUAAGUAUUACAAAAAAAUAAUUAAAUAUAUGUCAGAGAUGUUCAUAUAUGAUAGAAAGAACCUUGAUUAUUUGAAUGCUGCAGUCAAAAGUUAUCAAUAGACUGUUAAUAAGAGGAAAGAUAAAAAAAGUAUAGUGAUUAAUUAAUUUGGAAAUGUGUUUAAUGGAAUGAAAGAUCUUAUAUAGUUAAAAUAAGAGGAUAAGGAGGAAAUUGCAGAAGAGGAAGAGGAUGAAGAAAUUAAUUUAUAUGAUUAGCCUAAAUUGUUUCUUAAUCCAAUAAUGAAGGGAUUCAUGGCAAUGAGUAAUUAAUUGGAAGGGCUGAUUACUUUACCAAAAUCAUAAUAGGAAAUUGAAUUUAAAUUGAAAGUGUGUUCAAUUCUAGAUCAUUUCUUAGACAGAAGACAAAACUUCUUGAUUUCUAAUAUAUUACUAUUCUUCUUAAAAUAUUAAUACACAAAUGACGAUUUGUCAGAUGAGGAUGAUGAUUAAACUAUCAAGGCUGCACCAAAGAUAUUUAAUAAUAACUAUAAAACAUUGAUUCCCACUAUUGCUAGAACUGGAAUCGAUGAGAUUGAUGAACCAGAAGAUACAACUUAGGAUUUCCUAUAGAUGGCAGUUAAGAAGCCACCUACAUUUACUAACUAUUUCCAAUAAUAUAAUAUAAAAUCUGAAGAUGAAUUCUAAGAAUUGGAUUACUAUUUGAGUUAAGCAUAAAAGUUUGAUAAUAAUGAUAGAUUGAAUGAAGAUCAAUUAAAGGAGAAACAAGUGGCAAGUUUAUUACCAUAUUUGAUGUCAACCUACUUUUUGGUUAAGGAUUAAGUUUUAGAGGAAAGGUGUCUUAAUGUAAUUAUGAGAGUUUUCAAUUAAAGAGAAGAGUUGAGGGAAAAUAUGAAAAAACUAUAAAUCUUAUUUGAUGAUGAUAAUAUAAAGAUAUACGAAUUUGUUGAACAUCUUCAAAAGGAUUUGAGAGUAAUGGUGGAGAAGACUGAAAUUUGGUUGACUCAAUUUAAGGCUGGAUAUGAUGUUGAAGAACUUGACAAAUGUGCUCAAAUUAUUAGGCAAUUAACCUUAUGUAUGAGAUAAGGAGUAUAAGUCAAUGAUCAUGAGCUAGUAGUAGAAGUAGUCAAUAAGGAGAUUAAUGAUUCUGAAAAGUAAUCUAUAAUGACAUUUCUAAAAAUUCAUGAAAUAGUAAUCAAUCUUAUUUAAAAUGGGAUGGCGCAUUUUAUUUCAGUUUUGAAUGAUGAAUUCAUCAAAGUAGAAAGAAAAGAACAAUUAUUAUUGCUAUUUUCUAAUGCAUUUAAGUUUCUCAUUUGUUAUUGCACAAAUAACAAGGGAAAUCAGCUAAUACUCUAUCAAUAUCUGGAGAUAUAUUUAUAGUUCAUAUAAUAUGAUGUUGGACAAUGCAAACUUUUAAUUGAAAUCUUCAAAGACAAUCCAAGACUAUUAAACACUGGAGUUAAAUCCUUAGUAUAAAGAUUAAUUGAAAUAAUAGAAAGAGAAGGAAGACAAGUGAAAUUUAUAGAAAUGUAAGAUAUAUGAUAUUCAUUUAGAUUACUAAAUUUAAUUAGCAUUGCAGGAUAAUAUUUACUAGAAAACUAAAUUUUGAUUUUAAAUACUUUCUUGCCAAUGAGAUCAUUGAAAGAAACAGAACAAAGGUUAUUAUAUGCAGAAGGCAGUUAAUAAAAAGAUCUUCGUUUUUAUUUUGACGAUUAAUUUUUGGAACCUGAAGAGAAUUUGAUAAAAUAAUUGGAAGCUAUUGAUUGGAAAGAUUGUUAUAGAGAUGAACCAUUUUUAUAUCACUCCAAGAUUCUAGACUUGUUAUUGUAAACAUCUCUGAUCGAUAAUACUGUAAGAGAAUACAAUCCUUCACUUAUGUCUACAGAUAGUUUUAAUAUUAGUGUAUUUAAAUUAAAGAAAAUGAUCAAGCCAAGUUAUCUAUUGGAAAUCUUAAGAUUAGAUGAUGACAUGGUAUCCCUCAAACAAAGAUUAGCAAGAAUGCCAACUUAAUUUAUUAAGGGUUAAGCUAGUUAAUAUCAAGAUGAAACAUUUAAUAAAAAGAAAGGUUAUACAGCUCUCAAACCAAUAGUAUGCGAAUUCUUAAGAUUAGUACAUAUUGUGAGUGAAAAAAAUAAUGCUUAAGAAGGAUUGCUAUCCUAAUUGAGUAGAUAAUUUAUCCAUUUUGUGGAAUUCGAAAGCAAAAAGUUAGAAUUUGUUGCAGCUGGAACAGAUUAUUAAAAUUGUUACAUAGAUUAUAUGAUAGGAUAGGUUAUUCCAUUAAUUUUAUGUUAUCACUAAAGAGUGUUAAGUGUUUAGUAAGAGGAUGUUAAAAACGCAUUAAUAGAAUUUUCUAGUUAGUUUGCAUAAGCUCUAUGCUCAACUUUCUACUAGAAAUUGACUAAGUAUGAACAGUUAGAAAUAAUAUCAAAGUUAAGAGAAUAUUAUCAAAAUGAAUACUAUGAACCUGCCUACAGAUAGGAAGGAGAGUAAUCAAUAUUACAUCUAUAACAUAUGCAGUUUUAAUUGGAGGAUGGUGAGGACUUAAUGUAGCCAAUUGAAGAAUAGCAUGUCUAAUCGAUUCAAAAGAAAUCCUAAUCAAAAUCAAAGAAUUUAUUAAGUUAAUUUGCUUCCUUGAAUUUAUCAUUAAUUAAUAAAACUAGCAAACACAAAAGAGGGGAUUUAACUCCAAUUAAAUUACAGGAGCAAUGGAAAAGAUUUGCAGAGGAGAUGUUCAGAUCUCCUAAGUUGGAAGAGCAAAUAGACAUUGAAAAAGAGGCAUUGGCAGAUGCAAUCAUUGGGAUAGAUAAGUUAAUUAACCAGCCUUGUGAAAUUAAACCUUCUUUGGAAUCCAUAUUAAAGAAAUUCAUCACAUUUCUUUAGACUGCUGUAUUGCAACAGGACAAUAAAGGAACUAUUGUCAUAUUAUUGAAGAUAAUGUCUAAGAUUAUUGAGAAACAAGAUUCAGAUGAAAAGAAAGAAUACUAUUAGAAAUUAUUUGAUAAUUUAGGAGCAACAAGAAUGGUACUCAAUGUGAUCACAGACUAUUCUAAAUUACUAAGUAAUGAAAUGUUAUUUUAUUUGAUUUCCUUUAUUAAUGUGCUUCUUAGAAAUGGUAAUUCAUAAGUACAGAGCACAAUAUUUACGUUUUGUCAGACUCAAUAGAAAAGUGAAGUGAUGUUCUCAACAUUUGCGAAGUAUUUGGAGAUUGCUGCUACUUCAGGAAGAGACAUGAAUGAAGACAAGGAGGAAGCCGAAAUUUAGAAGCAAAUAGUAAAUUGUAUUUUGAAGUUCUUUUAAAAUUGUACUGAAGGACAUUAUUAAAAUAUGUAGAAUUACAUUAGAUAUUAAUAUAAUUCAAGAGCAUCCAAAGAUCUCAUCAAUUUAGUGGCAGAUUUAUUUAAAAAUUAUGAUAGAACUAAAUAGAAUUUCAGUAAUUUAAUGUGUUGUUUGGACACCUUAAAUGAACUAGUAUAAGGACCUUGUGCUGAAAAUCAAUUAGCAGUUGCAGAUUCUAAAUUCUUUGAUGUUGUGUAGGAAAUGUUUCCUUUAAGAAAAGGAGCUGUAUCAUAAUAGAAAGCUAUUAAAGUUGCAGCAACAAAGAGGAUCAGUGUGUUGCCAUCCCAAUCGGCUUCUAAUCUUUUAACAAGAGGAAUGAAGGCACAAUUGUAAAACAAGAUUUUGGUUUUGGUUCUGUCAUUGUUGGAGAAUAGAGAAAUCAGAGGAAAGAACUCUAUUAUAAAAAGGAUUAUGAGAGUAUUGCCAAUGAAUGUUUUAGAAAGACAUUUGAGUAAGAUUUAUAAGAAAUGGUUCAAUAGAUAUACCGGUGAUUAUAAUAUGCAAGCAUUUGAAUUACUGAAGAUUGAGGCUAUGGAUUUAGACGAGGAAAGUUAGGAAUUCAAGGAUUGUGAAAUUAUCAUAUAGAAUGGAUUCUACAUUAUGUUUUUGAUUUGCUACUAUAUGGAGAGUGAUGAAGAGAUCGAUUCAGUCUUUAUGGGAUAUAACAAAUAAUAUCUGAAGAGUUAAAUUUAAUAAAAUUCGUUGUUCGAUCCAAACUCUACAUUGGGUUAGUUGUUUGCUUUGGGGAUGGAAUUGUAUGAGAUGUCCUUAUUGAAAACCUAAUAAAUGUUUAAUGAAUUGAAUAAGGCCAGGAAGGAUGAUCCAGAAUUCAUUUUGGAGUAGAUGAAGCGCAAAUAAGAGGAAAAGAAGAAGAGAUUGAAGAAAGCAUUUAUGUUCUUCCGAGCUAGAACAGCUCACAUAGAAGUAGUUAGAGAUGAUCAAAUAGAAUUAGUGUUCUUCCCAUUGUUACCAUUCAGUAAACUAAAUAAGGAUGAGAAGCAGUCUUUUCAAUAAACAGUUGAUCGUUCUUCUGCUAAAUCUAAGGUUCAGGAUCUCAUGGAAAAGAGUCCUGAGUUGAUCUAAAUCAUGAGACACGAAGAAGAAAUGAAUAGAUUCUAUAAGCAAUAUAAACUCAUUGGAUUCUUUGCCAAUUAUAUCCAAUUGUGGAAGGACUUAGCCUUCUAUUUGACUCUGGUUAUUAACAUAAUGAUCAUAGCUUCAUUUUCACAUCAAUCAGAUCCAGAAAGACCAAAAGAAGAUGUGAGUAGUGAAGCCUUGGAUGAAUAUAUAUUCUUUAGGAAGGAUGAAUGGACUUAAGAAUAAACGAAAGGAUUAAUUAGUGCAUUAGGAUAUGCGAUGAUGAUAUGUUCCUUGUUUGUGGUCUUAUUUGUCUUAGCAAGAAUAGCUCCCCUUAUUAUCAAAAAAGCGUUGCAAAGAAAACCUUUAUUAGAAGGAUAAGGAAUGAUAAAGCUAUUAAUAAAUUGGUUGGCCAAAUUCUUUUUCGUGCUUUUUUAUUGUUUACAAGAUUUCCAAUUAGUUUACUAUUUGGGGUAUGGAGCAUUAUCUGUAAUUGGUACAUUAGUGCAUCCAUUUUUCUUUUGUUUCCAUUUGACAGUCAUACUCAUAAGAUAUCCCACUUUGAGUAAUGUUGUAAGAGCAGUCACAAUGCCUUGGUAACAAUUGGUGCUGACUCUACUACUAAUUAUUAUCAUUACAUACAUCUUUACACUCAUUGCUUUCUAUGCUUUACAAGAUCCCUUUGGAUUGGAUUGCAAGGAAGUAAGUAUUUGCUUCCUUUAAAUAUUCGAUAAGAAUUUCAAAGCCCCUGGAGGCAUAGGAGGUGAUAUAACAAAUAACAAUCCAUCUCCUACUUAUGAGAUUUUUAGAUACAUUUAUGAUCAAGUUAAUAAUCUGUUAUUGGUUAUUAUCAUGGUAAGUAUUGCCUCAGGUAUUAUUAUUGACACCUUUGGAUAACUAAGAGAAGAUGAAAACAAGAUGAAUAGUGAUAUUAAAGAUAAGUGUUUCAUAUGUGGUUAAGAGAAGUAAUUAUACAUUAAUAUUCAAUUUAGUAUCAUUUUCGAAAGAAGUUCCGAUGGAUCAUCUGGUGGAUUCAAGAAUCAUAUAAGACAGAAUCACUAUAUGUGGAAUUACUUAUAUUGUAAGUUUCUAUUUAUUAACUCUUAUUAGAUAUUGCUUAUUUGCAAUGGAAAGAUCCUUAAGAUUAUUCAGGUAUCGAAUCCUAUGUUGAUAAAAAAAUAAAAGAAACAGAUUUAAGUUGGAUUCCUUUUGGAAGAGCACGAGAAUUAGACAAAGGAGAGGAUGAAUCAGAAAAAUAGGCUAAACAAAUGGAAUAAUCAUCCAGUAAUAUUGCAUCAUUGUUGACUCAUUCCAGUGAUAUAAUUUAAGCACUAAAAGAGAAGAAAGAAAAAAGAAAAUAACAUUUCACUUAAUAAACUCAACCAACACAACAUAAGGAGUAAAUUGUAUCCCAAUAAUCAAUGGCAUUAUUAUGA